AUGUGAGCAGGACUCCUCUGUCCCGUUGAAGGUUUCUGCUCCAAAUGUAAUAAAAUGUGACUCUACUGGACUCUUCUCGACCUAUGGUGACUCGGGUGGGUUCUUGAUGGACUUGUGAGAGCGGUCUCUAAUUAACCAUGCUGAAAUGGUUUGCAGGGGAAGAGGGAGAGUCCGGCUCUGCUGGUGCAGUCUCCCCUCGCAGCGCUGCAGGAGGUGCAGAGGUUCCUGUGGAGGAGAUGGCAGAGAGGCUGAGCCACACGGAGCAGCUCGUCUCCCAGCUGAAGGAGAUGAUCCGGGAAAAAGACGCAGCACUUCGCUCCAAAGAUGGCCAGCUGAAGGUGGAGAAGGAGGCGUGUGAGGCCAAACUGUCAAAGCUCCGCCUCCAGAACAAAGCCAAGGUGACGUCUCUGACAUCACAGCUGGAGGAGCUGAAGAAGCGUCAAGGAGAACCUGGGACUCCGACCCGCAGCAAGAAGGGUUCUUCAGAGGGAGGAGGAGAGCAGGCCAGUCGGGGAAAGAUCGUCCUGCUGAAGAGGAAGGUUGAAGAGCUGGAGCAGCAGCUUGCACUAAAGGAUGCGGAACUGGAAAACAAGAGAAAGGAACUGGAGUUUCAGCAGCAACGAGGUGAGGAAAUGGAUGCCAUGCUGACAGAGAAGGACCAGAGGCUGGCAGAAAAAGAGUCCUACAUCGUCCACCUGCAAACAGGACUUGCAGGAGAUCAUCCCAUCACAGCUGCAUCACAACAAAAGGUGCUGGAGGUCGGUGGAGAGAUGCAGGAGCUGCAGCUGCUAGUGCAGAGCCUGACCAAGAAGGUGGGAGAAGCCGAGGAACGAUACAGUUUGCUGGCGGAGCAGACGGACAGCCUUAAAGAUCUGCUGGCCUCAGGGAAGGAGCAGUACAGUCAGAAGGAGAGCAUGUACAAGCAGAAUAUUCAGACAUUCAAAGACAUCAUCAUUCAGAAAGACAGUCAGCUGAUGGAGAUCAACCAGAUGCAUGAACAGGAGCUCUUCAGGCUUGCGGCAAAGUCAGACGCCAGUGCAGACCUGGAGCAGCUGCUGAAGGCUCUAAAGCAGAAGCUGCAUGAGAAGGAGGAGGUGCUGCUGGGAAAAACGCAGGUCAUCGAUGUUCUGCAGGGAGAGGUGGACGGCAGGGACCAGCAGAUAAAGGAGCUCACAGAGCGACUCCGCCGGCUGCAAGUAGAGCGAGAGAGCCUCGAAUCCAAGAUGGAGGCGGAGAAACACGUGAUGCGAGCGCAGCUGCGUGACUUAAUGGAGAAGCAUCAGGUGGAGGUGCAGCGACUGAGCGAGCAGCAUCGGGGCCAGAUGGACAAAAUCCAGCAGGACUUGUUGGGGCAGCUGGAGGAGCUCAGGAGAACCUCGCCAGCAGUAGCGCCACCUGUCUGUGAGGAGGCCUCAGAAAUGGGAAACCUGCCGUCAGAUUUGGCCUCUGUCCAAAGGAUUGCGAAGCUGGAAGCUCAAGCUAAACAAAAAACAGAAGAAGCCAGCAGGUCAGAGGCCAAGUUACUGAAAAUUAAAGCUUGGUCCAAGUCUCGAAUCAGACAGUUGGAGGAGGAGCUGAAGAAAACCCAGGCUGGAGUUGCUCCUCCGGACCAUCUGGCUCUCCAGGAUCAAAUCACAGCUCUUGAGGAGGAGAGGGAAGAAAACUGCUGGAAGGUGGAGCACUAUGAGGAGCUGAAAGCAAAGAGUGAAAUGCUGGAGGCGAAGCUGGUUCUGUAUGAGGAGCAGCAGAGGACGCUGCAGGCUGAGCUGGAGCAGUUCACCAAGAGGGCAGCCUCCCAGGCCAGUGAAUCAGGCAGCGCCGAUGAGACUCAGAGCCAGGUGCUGGAGUGGCAGGAGAUGGACUCGGAGGCAGUCAGCGCCAGGGACCGGGCCAGGGAGGAGAAGGCUGCCAUGGCCCUCCGGAUCAGCCACAUGGAGGAGGAUAGAGAGGCACUGGCCACUCGGCAGCAGGAGUUGGAGGAGGAGCUGGCUCAAGCUCGGGGACUCGGCAGACAAGGGGUCAAGAAGCUGGCAGCUCCGGCCCAUCGAAGCCUGCAGGAGGAUUUUGAGUUUGAUGGACAGGCCCCCUUCCAGGACCCCCGGAGUACUUCAGAAAGCACGACCCCGAUGGAGGGAGAGAACAUGGGAGGUUGGUGGCCCGAGUACAGUACUCCCAGCACAGACGGCCUGCGCUCCGUCGUGGAGGAGCUGGAGCUUGAAAGGAACCAGCUGCAGGAGCAGAUCCUGAGCCUGGAAGAGCGCUGCCAGGACCUGGAGGAUCGGCUGCAGCUGCAGGCCCGUAUAGAAGCAUUACAGAAUGAGACGGAGAAACUCCAGAGCCAGCUGGCCAGCGUUCGAAGUCAGCAGAGCAGAGAUGCUGAGAAGCAUCAGCUGCUGGUUAACAGCCUCAACGAGCAGCUCAAAGGGCUGACUGACACCCAGGAGAGCCUGGAAAGUUCCCUCAUUGAGAAGGAGAACAUGUUGGCCAAGACGUCUGAGAAACUGGAGCUCAUUGGCAGCCUGAGAGAGACGCUGAGUCAGAAGGAGAUCCAGUUCAAAGAGCUGUCUGACAAGCUGCUUCAGACUGAGCACAGCCUGGAAAUCAUGACCAAGAGAUGCAGCACCUCAGAGAAGCAGUGCUCUGAACUGAAAACAGAAGCUGCAGACCUGAUGCAGAAGCAGAGCGUGCUGAGGGAGAAGGCACAAAAGCAAGAGGUCACCAUAGAAACGCUGCAAACAGAGCUGGACCAGACCAGUGAGGAGCUGGACAAGCUGAACACCGCCCACUUGGAAGAGCGGGCCCAACUCAUCCACGACCUCCAGAGCUGCGAGCGGGAAAUAGACAGUCUGAAGGACAUUCUGUUGGAAAAGGACAGAGAGAUAUCCAGCCUGGGCGACAGCAUGGCAGAGUACGCCGAGCAGGUCAGCGUGUUGAAGCAGGAGAUCAAACUGAAAGAGGAGAACCUGAUCCAGGUGGAGAAAGCUCUGAGUAGGACUGAGCGGGAGGCUUCGGUUAUCAGAGACUCCCAGAACUCUGACCAGCAAACCCUGAACGGCAAAAUCACAGAGCUGGUCGGGAAACUGAAGGAUGUUGAGACUGAGCUGGAGAAAUCCAAAGAGGAGCAAGUGUCUAAAGCGGUCGAGGUGGAACAUCUGCUGAAGCAGGACAGAGUCGACAAGAAAACCAUCCAGGAACUGAGAGGGGAGAUCCAGAAACAGACUGUGAGUCAUAGGAACCAUCUUUCUGAAUGUGAAACUCACAUCUCCUCCCUGAAGGACCAGCUCACACUUUCAGCACAGAAGCUCCAGGAGUCAGAUGGAAAGAUCCUGCAGCUUCAGGAAAAAAGCAUGAUCAGCGAAAAACUGCAGCAGGAAGUAAAGGAUAAGGAACAAAUGCAGGAAAGGGAGAUCAAAUCCUUUAAAGAAGAACAGAACAAACUUUUAGCUCAGGUGGAGACAUACAACAACCAAGUUCAGACAUUAUCCAGGAAAUUAGAGGAGCAAAACCAGAGUGAGGAGCAGAUCAAACAGAUGAUGCAGGAGAAACUGGAAGCCAUACGAUCUCUGGAAGACCAAAUAAGGGCGGCAGAUAAACAGGUUGAAGAUGAGAGGCAGAUGUUUGACUCGGAGAUGGAGAGGCUGAACAAUGAACUUAAAAACAAAUCUGAGAGCAUUUCCAAACUCGAGAAGGUCUUUAAAAGCACUGAAAGCCAAAAACAAGAGCUGGAGGCGCGACUCAAAGGGCUGAAUGGAGAGCUGGAGCUUCAGAAACGUCAAAUAGACGAGCUCCAUGAAAGACUUACAUCUGCUCUUCAACUUAACAGCAGCCUGGAGGAGCAAGUUCAGUUCGCCACAGAGCAGAGAGACCAACUCCAGCUGGAGGUAGGCGAACGCAUGAAAAUAAUCUCAGAAGUUACAGCCGAGAGAGAUUCUCUCCAAACCAAAUUAUCUGUGAUGGAGACGCAGCUUUCUGAAAGUAACAAAAUUAUUCAAGGGCUACAAAGAGAAAAAGAGGAUUUAAAUCGAGUUCUUGAGCAAAGCACGCACUCGAGCUCUGAGAUCCUGCUGGCAAAAACAAACGAAUGUAGCCGUCUCCUGCAGACACUCAGGGAAAAGGAGGAGGAGGUCACCCAGAUGAAGCUGGAGGUUGAGGAAAAGGAGCAGAUGACCUCUGAUCUUCAGGCCAAAAUCAACAAGCAGCAAAAUCUGCGAAUGCAACUAGAAGAGACGCUGUCUCUGCUUCGAGAACAAGAAUCCAGUUCAAAGUCUGUGGUGUUGGAGAAGGACUCCAUGCUGAAACAGAAGGAAGAAGAAAGUUACAGAUUACAGAGUGAAAUCCAAACCCAGAAAAAUGAAGAAGCCAGACUGAAAGCUGAAGCCAUGUCAAUGAAAGAAGAGCUUUCUGAGUUGAGGCGACAUCUUCAAGAGCAGGAAGAAGUGUGUCAAACUCACAAAGACGAGCUGAAUGACAGAAACAAGGCAGUGAAGUCUCUGAGCGAACAGAUCAACGUCUUUGGAGAAAAUACCAGAAAACUGGAGUCUGAAGCCCAGAUGAGGAAAACCGAGCUGGAUAAUUUAAACUCCCACCUCCGAGCGCUCACCCAGGAGAACCAGGUACUUCACAUCGCUUGUGAAUCCAAAGAAAAGGAGCUUUCUCAGCAAAGACGGGAUGUUUCUGGGCUUAAAGAACAACUAAGAGCUUCUGUUGAGCUGAACUCUAAGAUCGAGGCUCAGAUUACCAGUCUGAUGGAGGAUAAUCAGAGAUUACAGGAAGAGUUAGGAAGAAACAUCAAAUGUGUUUCUGAAUUAACAGCAGAGAGAAGUUUACUCCAGGAAAAAGCUUCCAGCCUCGAAAAUCGAAUGUCAGACAGUCAGAAAAUGAUCAACGCUCUGACCAUGGACAAAGAGGAGCUGACGGUCGCAGCAGAUGAGCUGAAGAAGAUCCUGAAAGAAAGUGAACAGACAAACUCGGCAGGUCUGCUUGAGAAGACAAAUGAAUGUGCUCAUCUGUCCAAAACGCUCCGGGAGAAGGAAGAACAUCUCCAGAGUUUACAGGAACAAGUGGAUCAGCUGAAGGACAAGGAGAAAACAGUUUUGGAGCAGAGGUCCAAGCUGGAGGCUCAGCAGAACCAGUUGCUGCAGCUUCAGGAUACCAUAUCCAUGCUUCAGGAGCAGGGCUCAGUUCUAAAGGCGGCGCUGAUGGAGAAAGACACGAUGCUAAACCAGAAAGCAGAGGAAUGUUGCGUUAAUCAAAAUGAGCUUCUGAUUCAGAUAGAGCUCACAUCGAAGCUGCAAGAAGAAGCAGAGUCACUCAGGAGAGAAACAUCUGAGUUCAAACAGAAGCUGGAGAAAAAACAGCUGGCUUUAGAUGAAGUUACACAUGAGUUCCAGAGUCAGAAGGAUGAGCUGAAGAAACGCAAUGAGUCGGUUUUUUCGCUCAGCAGUCAGCUCGGAGCCAUGAAUGACAACGCUGCAGAGAUGGAAGCUGAGAUUUUGGGUUUAAAAGCUUCUCUGCAGAAACUUUCUGCAGAGAAUCAGCAGCAGCUGCAGGAGGAGCAGCAGUGCAAGGCAGAGAUGACGGACCUGAAAGACCUCCUUCAGGCCCUGAACGAUCAGAACACCAGGCUGAAAUCUGAACUUCAGAAAAUGGUGAGCGAGCUGUCCAGAUCCCAGGAGCUCGUCAGCAGCCUGAGAGCAGAAAUCUCUGACAAAGAUAAUGAGCUCAGAGAUGUUCAUUCAGAGACGGAGACGAUGAAGUCCACCAUGCAGGAAAAAGAUGAAAACCUGGGAAAACUGGAAGCUUUUACCCAGCAGAUCAACAGUCGGAUCGCUGAGCAGAAUGAGCAGCUGAAGCAGAGCACCGAUCACAAUGUCAGUUUACAAAAACAGCUUUCAGAGCUUGAAGAUAUGGCCUCCAAACUCAGAGGUCAAGUUGAAAGUCUGACCUCAGAGUCGUGCAUGCUGAAAACCGCCUUGGAGAAAAAGGAGCAGUCAAGUCUUGAGUAUCAGAGUCAUUCUUCUGCUGCUGUGGAAAAUCUCAGUUCCCAGCUGCAAGACAAAGAGGCCGAGUGCGAGACCCUUAAAGAAAGGAUUUCACACCUGGAGGAAUCCACCUCUAGGCUCAGCAGCUCCCUGCAGGUCCAGGUGUCUGAGGUGGAACGUCUCAAGAAGGCUGUGGAAGACAAACAAGCUGCGCUCAUGGAGCAAUCCAAGUCUGUGAAGGAAGCUCAGAGGAAAGCAGACGAGGCUUCGCUCUUCAAAUCUCAGUUGAUGGAAAGCACAGAGAUGGCGUCCCAGCUGCAGAGUCAGAUUCAGUUACUGUCUGCUGAGUCUGAAACCCUGAAAAGGUCUGCAGAGGAGACGCAGUGGGCCUUCAACAACCUGCAAGAAAAGUAUGCUGUAAACCUGGAGGAGCUACAGGAUGUAAGAAAACGCCUCUCUGAAAGGACAGAGGAGGUUUCCAACCUUCAAGCACAAUUAGACGAUUCCAGUAAAAAACAUGAAGUGGCAAAAACCACCACAGAAACUCUGAGAAACGAGUUGUCUGUAAUCAGGGACCAACUGGAUAGAAGUAAAGCCUUGAACUCCAGCCUCUCCAAAGAAAAAGACGAAGCUUUUGCCUCCCAUCGAGCAAGUGUAACUCAGCUGACAGUUGAAAUAGAAAGACUUAAAUCCCAACAUCUUCAGGUCGCAGAACAAAUGAAUGCACUGACCGAGAACCUGGAGCAGAGAGAAAUGGCUCUUCACGCAAUAAACAAUCAGUACGGCGCUCAGGCCAAACAGGCGUCACAGCUGCUCUCAGAGAUUCAAAAGCUGGAACAGUGCAAUAAGAGUCUGAACGAGGAGCUCCGGUUGUCCAAGGAGGAGCACCACAAGCUCCAGGGAGAAGUUGGGAAGCUCCAGGCAAAGAAGGAAGAGCUGGAGCAGCGCCAUCAUCAGGAGCUGCAGGAAAAGAUGUCGGAGAACUGGAGCCUUCACGCCAAGGUUAGUGCCAAAAAUGAAGAGCUGUCUCAGUUAAAAGAAAACGUGCAAAAGAUAGAACAGAUUCUGCAGGAUUCAGAGAAAGAGUGGCUGUCGCUCCUGGACAGGGAGAAGCAGGACAAGAGUCUGCUUGCAGAACAAUUAGAAAGCUUUAAAACUGAUAUGAAAUCUAAAGAUGUUAAAGUUAAUGCUUUGAAAGAAGACUUGGACAGUUUGCAGGAGAGACUAACAGAGGCUUCAGCUGCAGUCAUGCAGGGUUCUGACCAGCUCAGUGUAAAAACGUUGGAGGCAUCAGCAUCCAGAGUCCAACUGGAGGGGGUUUUAGCAUCUAUCCAAGAGAAGGAGGAUGAGAACCGGAGGUUGCGACAGUCUUUUUCAGCUAUAGAAGAUGAGCUACGAAAACUUGUUACGAGAAAUGACACCGAAAGGGAUUCAUCAGACAGAUCUGCUGCAUUAAAUGAAGAAGAAUCAUCUUUACAAAACUUAAUAAAGCUAUUCCAAGAAGGUCAUGAAGCUGAGAUCAAUGCUUUGAAAAGGGAGAUGGCUGAAACUUCUGCACAGCUGCAGAAUGAAGGGAGCAACGAUGAGAAACAAAAGGACACUGUAGAGAGUUUACAGGCUCAGCUUCAUGCAGAGGUGCAGAAAUACACAUCGUUGCAGACUGAGCUGAGAGCAAGAGAUGAACAGAUCAGCUACAUGAACCUUCAGAUCAACCAGCAGAAGGAGUUACUCUCCUCGCUCAGUCAGCACCUGAAGGAUAAAGACUCCUCCAUCGCUCAGGUCAUUGAGUCUGCCUCAAAUGAGAGGCUGAAGCUCGUUGAGGAAAACUGCUCCCUGUCAGCGCAGGUGGAGAACAUGGAGCGGGUUCAGCAGGAGAUUUCUCUGCAGUUACACAAACAACUCUCAUGCUUUCAGAAGGAGAACUCAGAGAAGCUUCAACUCGCAAAAGAAACGGAGAAUCUGCAGAAGGAGCUCGCUACUGUGUCCAAAGAAAAGGAGGCGAUGAAGAAGAAACUUCAGGCAGCUCUGGUUGUGAGAAAAGAUCUGCUGAAAAGGAUUGAUGAGUAUGAGAAGCAAAAACAAGGAGAGAACAAUAAAAUGUAUGUUUUGCAGGAAAACCUGGAUGAAAUGAAACAAACAUAUGAAGAACAGAUUUCUGUUCUUGAGUCAGAGAUACUUGAACACAAAGCAGGGAAUGAAAGAGCUGUGGAGCAAUUGAAGUCUGAAAAACAAAUGUUGCAGAGCACAUUAAUAGAAAAAGAGGCAUGCUUGUGUGAAACUUUACAGGAAGUCAGUGAGAAAAACUCUGUUAUCGAGCAGCUUCAGUCCAGAGCAGAAGACUUCGAACAAGACAGAAACAGUUUGAUGCAGAAAUUAGAAGAGCUUCAAAAUGAAAUUAAGAAGGGCAAAAACGAGCUAAAAGACAAAUCUUUCUACGCUGCUGCAGAUUUGGAGAAGGAGCUAGCACAGAUGAAGUUAGAAAAAGCAACGCUGCAGAAAAAAGCCCAGGCUGCACUGCUGGCACGCAAGGAAACACUAAAGAAAGCUCAGGAAAACGAGAAGAAACUAACUCAAGAACUGUCAGAGCUGAAAGAUGAGCACAAGGUUCUCUUAGAGCAACACCAGCUGCAGGCAGAAGAACUGGACAAGCUCCAUAAAACCUCUAGUUCCUAUCUAGAUGACGUAAACUCCUUAAGACAGCUCGUUGAGGAGAAGAGUAAAUCUCUGCAGGACGUCAAGGCGUCUCUGCAAGUGGAGCUGGAAGCCGUGAGGUCCAGAUAUGAAAGCAUUUUACUUGAAAUGGCCGAUAAAGACAAGGUUAUCACUCUGAUGGAAGGUAGGGAAGCUGCUUUAAAAUCAACUUUGCAGAGUGUGCAGAGCAACCUGGAGAAAGCUCAGGCAGAAAUAGAACAGAAAACCCACGAGAUGGAGAAAUGUCUGGUUGGCCAGCAGGAGAAUCAGUUGUUACUGGGAAAAAAUGUGACUCUAGAGACCCAGAUCAGGGAGGAAAAGCUUCACAUGUUAAUCAAAGAAAAGGAAGAUAUGUUGGAGCAAAGCAAUCAACUGAGAGCAGAACGUGAUGAAGCAGUUGCUUUGGUUUCACAAAAAUCUGUAGAACAUUUCACAAUUCAAAAGACGUUAACAGAAACUGAGCAAGAAAAAGAUGUUUUGGCCAAAGAAGCUGAAAAAGCAAAACUAAACUUCACAGAAAUCCUAAAGGAAAUCGAUUUGUUGAAGCAGGAAAAAGAAAACUCAGACAGGUUUAUCAGUGAGCUUAGGGAUGAAAUUACCUCACUGAAGCAGCAGAAAGUGGAGGAGCAGCUUCACAAGGAGAAAGAAGACGGCAACAAAGACCACGUCGGUUCUUCUUGCAGUUGUGUAGAAAACUUUGAAGUGAAACUUAAGGAGAAAGAUGAGGCUUUGUCGGUUUCUCAGGCUCAAGUUUCAGGAAAAGAUCAACUGAUCACUUCACUUGAGCAUCGGUUCCUGCACCAACAUAAAAUUCACGAGGUCACGGUUGAGAAGAUGAGAACUGAAGUUGAGGGGCUUCAGAAAUCUCAAGAAGAUAACACCAAGAUGAAUGACCUAAAUAACCAAACCAAACUUUUAACCAGGAAACUUCAAGCAGCUCUAGUUUCCAGGAAGGAUCUCAUGAAAGAAAAUACCUCGCUGAAGGAAGAAGUUGAAACGUUGUCUGCUAAACAGGAAGCAAAAGAAGCAGAGAACCUGGAUCUGAAAUUAUCCCUGUUGAGAUUAAAGCAACAGAACGUGGACCUGGAAGGUUCUGCGUCAUCUGUCAUCAAAGAACGAGACGCGUUGGCCGCUGAGGUCGAUGGCAUCCUGAACGACAACCGCAGCCUCUCUGCAGCCUGCGACAGUUUGAAGCUAACCAUCCAAAACAUCACGCAGCAGAAACAGGCCUUCUCCUGCCAGCUCGAGUCCCUCAAAGACUCCCAAACCGAGGAGCUGUCCCAGUGGAAGUCAAAGCAUGUCGAGCUGAAGCAAGAGUACGAGUCUCUGCUUCAAGCGUAUGAAAACGUGAGCAGUGAAAUGGACAAGAUGAGGCAGCUCUUGGAUGGAUCCAAGAGAGAGCGGCAGGAAGCUCUGAGAAGAAUACACGAGCAGGAGACCCAGAAGGACAUUCUACAAAAGCAAGCCCGAGAGGCGGAGGUGGAAAAUGAGAGAUUUAAAGAGAGGAUGCAUACAUUUUCCAAAGAGAAACGCCAGAAGAUUGAGAAUCUGGAGGAAGAGAAUCAGAACCUUCGAAAACAAAUCUCGGAACUUGAUGGAAACCACACGAUGGCAGUGUGUGAGCUGAGAGACAAAAAACAGCAACUGGAAGCAGAGAUUUCCCAGCUAAGAGAGAAACUCGCAGAGAUUCAGGCAGAAAACAUCCAGCUGGCAGAGAAACUUGAAGCAAAUAGUUGUUCUCUGGAGGAGAAGCGCUUGGAAUCAAACACAAAUGCAAACAAGAUGCAGUGGAAACUCGACGAAGCUCUCAGUUUGAAUAAUUCACUGACCGCUCAGAUCGAAGCACACAAAACCGAACUGAGCGCACAACUGGAAAUAAGCAGUCUGUUACGAAAGGAGAAGGCAGAUCUUUCUGAAAGACUUAAAGCAAUACAGAAUGAUCUGGAGCUGGAGCUGGGAAAGAAAGAUGAUGGGAUUAGAGAGCUCAGAGACGUUCUCAACAAGCACAGCCAAGAGGCAAUCAGUCUGAACGAGAAGGUGAGAAUCCUGGAGGACGACAAGUCGCUCCUGCAGGAGGAGCUCGAGAACACCCAGGAGAUUUCUGACAAAGUUAAAAACGAAAACGAAUACCUGGAAACGGUGAUCCUGAAGAAUUCGGAAAGAAUCGAUGAGCUGACAGAGAGUGUGAACGCUCUGCAAACCCAGAACGCUCAGCUGACGGCUCAGCUCACAUCGACUACGGAGAUGAGUAAUCGAAUCCGGCGAGAAAAAGAGCAGGAGCAGCUCAAGUUAGUCCGAGAGUUUGAGGAGAAACUCAAGACUGUUCAGAGAGGCAGUGAGGGCUCCAAGAACGUGAAGAAGGAGCUGCAAGAGCUUCUCAAAGAAAAGCAUCAGGAGAUAAAUCUGCUCCAGCAAAACUGCAUCAAAUACCAAGAAGUGAUUCUAGAUCUGGAAAGCUCUCUGAAGAGCUCACAGUCAGCCUGUGAACAUUUGGAGAAAGAGCUGAAAAAGAACUCAGAGAAGAUUUCAGAGUCGGAGGAGAGACGUGAGCGACUCGAAUCUGAGCUGGUAAAGAUCCAGAAGCUCCUCCAGGAGACAGAAGAAAGGAUCACCAGCGUUGAGUCUGAAAGGGACCAGCUGGCUCUUCAAACAUCCCAGCAUCUUAAGCAGAGAGAGGAAAUAAAAUCUUCACAAACUAUUGAAGAAACACGAAGACAAUCCUUUAUACAGAAUCAGCUACAGCAACAACUGGAUGAGCUGAAGAGUCUGAGAGACAAAGAAAAGGAAAGAGUGGAUGAACUUGUCCAGCAGUUGGACUCUAAAGAUCUCCAGAUAAACACUCUGAGGAGAGCGGCUGAGAGCAGUGAAGCCAAGCUUUCUGCUUUGACUUUCACUCCACAUGGGGCCGACACCUCCAGACUUUGGGAUGAUCUGUACCAGAAGAGUCUCCAUCAGAAAGACAACCAGCUGCUGGAGCAAGGCUCGACCAUCACAAGGUUCCUGGAGGAUCUGAGGAAGAAAGAGAAGGAGAUGAACGAACUUCAAGUGGCUAAAUUAAGAUUGGAAAGGACACUGAAUGAGUACUCAGUUGCUGCUGCUGCUCAUCAGCGACAGAUGUUCAUCGUAAGUGCAACCAACGCUGAACUGAGUGAGAAUUUAGAGCUCAUGACGGUUCAGGUGAAGGAACUCAGCGGUCGAGUGGAAAGAUUGGAACAAGAGAAGAGCGGUCUGAGCCAGCAGCUCGCUGACAGAGAAGAUGAACUCUCCCAGCUGCAGCCUCAUCUUCAGCAGAUGGAGAAGCUAAAAACUGACACUGAAGCUCAGCUGCGCCUUUUACAGACUGAACGGGACAAAAUUCAAGCUGACUUUGAGAAGCAACUGGGCAUUUCACUUCAACUGAAAACGCUCCUUCAGGGCAAAGAUGCUGAGAUCUCCUCCCUGCUUUCCUGCAAAGACGGACAAAUGUCUGGGUAUCUGGAGCAACUCCAGGCUAAUUAUCGCCGCCAGGUGUCAGUUUACGAGGACAGGCUCACGUCUUCGCGCUACCAACGGGACAGGUUGGACCAAGACAUGAGAGCACUUCAGGGUAAAGUCAAAAGUCUUGAAAAUCAAGUGAGCAGAUUCGUUCAAGAAAAGGAACAGAUGGAGGCUAAGAUCGAGUCGUACAAGAACUCUGUGGUCUCUUUACAGAGCGAACGUGAGCGGCUGAUGUCCGACAACAGAGUACUGGAGGCAAAGAGUCAGUUGGGCUGGAAGGAUAAAGAAGGCACCGCUGAUGGUGAUAGCAGAGCAAGCAAAGGCUUUAAGCAUGAAAUCAGAAAGUUGUUACAUCAGAUGGAUGAUCUGAACUCUGAGAACGCCAUGCUCAGGGCUCAGCUGGUGCGCUACAGAGAGGAUUUAAAUCAAGUACUGUCCCUCAAGGACAACCAGGUGAAAGUUCUGCUUCAGAAGCAGCAGGAUGUGAUCAAAAACCUGGAAAUCCAAAAGGCUGCAGCUGAAAAGCUGCUCAGAGCUUCUCAGCUGGAACUCCAAGAGAAACAUGAAGAAAGUAAUGCAAUUAAAGUGGAGAAUGCUGAACUUAAGGGUAAAGUUUCUAAACUGGAAGCCGACAGAGUGACAACCAGUGAGGGCAGAGUCAUCACCAAUUUACAGGACGCUGUGGCGACCAAGGCGUCUGAAUGUAGCGACCUCCAGCAGAAACUUCUCUUCCAGAAAGCAUCAGUCCAUGAGCUCAAAAGCAGAAUGCAGCAGUUGGAAAGUGAGACUGACAAACAACUUGCUGAAGCUGAGGAGAAAUAUAACAGUGAGUUGGACACCUUCGAGCGGGAGGUGGAACUGAUGAGAAACGAGCGCGAGACAUCAGAUCGAAGAGUGGCGGAGCUCGCUAAAGAGCUACUCGAUUUGGAGCAGCAGCUAGCUGCAGCUAAAUCACAAAGCAAAGACCUGAAGGCUCAGAAUGAGUCUCUGGGCAAGGCCAUGGCUGCUCUGCAGAACGACCGAGACCAGCUCAUCGAGGACUUCAAGACCCUCAGGAACAGGUACGACGAAGAACUCCGACAGAGUCAAGUGGCCUUGAACAAGGUUGAGCGUAGUCUGCAGGACGCAUCUUCAGACCUGGCCGGAUUUGCUAAAGAGAGAGACAUUCUUGUUCUCAAACUAAAAGCUGUGGAGAGCAAAGAGACAAAUGCGGAGCUCAGCAAGUUGUUGGAUGAGCUAUCGAAGGCCCUGUCAGAGAAGGAACGAGAGCUGAAACGGGUGGUUCUGGAAAAUAACGCAUACAGCAGGCAGCUGUCAGCGUUCUCCAGAUCCAUGGCCAGCCUGCAGAAUGACCGCGACAGGCUGAUGGAUGAGCUGGCCGGUGCCAAAAGUCCAGAGAUGGUUCUUACCCCGAACAUUGAAAAAGAAAAAGUUGUCUGUGCCUCCGAAGAUGAGAAUGAUGAACUGGUGAAGAGAAUGAAAGCUGAUGAGCUUCACCAAUCUGUUCACAGUGAAGUCGGCAGCUACCAGCAAAACCCUGCAGAUCUAAGAUCUGAAGCUGAGAACAAGGAGCCCUGGCCCAUUAAAAAGGAAACCGCUGUGCUGGCAGGUCAGAGUGGUCCAGAAGUGAGUCAGUUAGAGGCUGAGAAGAUGCAGCUCUACAGAGACCUGCAGCGCUGCAUUUAUGAGAUCCAGCAACGUGACCAGUACCUCCACCAACUCAACACUAAGCUGCAGCAGGCGGUGGAGGAGAAAGCUGCUGUUGCAGGUCAGCUGAGGGCUGUUUCCCAAACGCUCAGGGACUCCCAGAACCGCUGCCACAGGCUGGAAAGUCAAAUCCAGGGCCAGCUGGACUUGGCUUACACUGAAGUGGCUCCUGGAGCUCCGCAGGAGAGGAGCAACGACUCCAUGGUCGCUGAAGCCAGUCAGCUCCGAGAAAGGCUGCUGGAGGUGGAGCUGGGUCUAGCUGACGAACGAGCGAGGAGAGAAGCAGCUGAAGAGUCACUGCGGCUGGCUGAGGACAGAGCUAAGAGCGCUGGAUCCGGCCCGACCAGAGACCAUCAGAGGGACUUCAGCAUCGAGAUGGAAACAGAGGAGGAGUGGGAAGCUCUCAGUUUCAACCCGAAUCAGCCUCUCAUAACUCGGAAGGUGAAAGGUGGCAUGGUGGCGUGUCGUCGGUGGCUUAGAGGGCGGAGCCUCUACUUCUCCAGGCUGCUGACGAGCCGCGCGCGCUCUCGAUAUUUCUUCCUGGCCUACCUGCUCAUCAUACAUGUGAUGGUCCUGAUGUGCCUCACUGGGGCUUGGUAGUGAAGCCCCUCAGGGUUGGUCGACAGUUUCAAACAAUGUUUCUGUGUUAAAACACUAAAACCAGCAGAGAUACAGAAGCUGAGCUUCUCUCUGAACUCCUGCAUAUCAAAGGACACACGUACUAAUAUUCAAACAUUAGUUAGCUCCAAAGUUCCUGCAAGGUGAGGCGACGGUUGGAUGGUUUAGUGUCAACCAUGUUUAAUUCUAGUUUUGUUUGAUUUUACCUCAGAUUGUCGAUGUAAAAUAAGCCUUUAAUCAUUGUUCUCUCUUUGAUUUCUUACAUUUUACUUAUCAGAGGAAGGAGCUGGAAUUAAUUGUAAUUUUAUAUUUUCAUGUUUGAAAACGAGAUCAGAUGAAUCAGAUCUUCUCAUCCGGUCUCCGGUAACACUACUGAAAGUCUCUGUUUCCGUUGCCUUCCUGGGCCAAAACCCCCACCUGCUGCUCCACCUGCUGCUCCACCUGCUGCUCCACCUGCCCCGCCUGAUGUCAUAAGUUGCACAUGACCAAUCGUAAUGCUGACUUCAAACUAUGCACUAUUGGAAGCUCCCCUUAAAGCCAAAGGCGUCCGUGUUCUGGCGGAGAAACUGGAUUCAUGUUAAAGUUUAGGAUGAUGAUGAACCUUAAGUGAAACUCUUGUAUCAAUGUGUGCCAUUUGAGAUGUUCUCCAGAACUGUAUUUAAGACCCUGUAUUUAUGUGUAGUCAGAACCUCGGCUGUACAUGAUGUAUUUAUGUUUGUAUAUGCGUCUCCGGCUGACUGUACAUUUCCAACUGAUUGUUUAGUUUCAUAAAACCGGAUCAGAGAAAGAACCUCUGCUGCUUCCUAAGCUCCUAAACUGAUCCGGGUUUAUGGAAAAGCUGCGGUUCUGGUCCUAGCUGUAAGUACUUGUAUAACAGUGUGUGGUUCCAGAGUGAAACAAGGAACCGAUUGUAUUUAUGGAAAGGGUGAACCUACUGAGAAAUGUUUAAAUGACGUAUUUUCUUUACUGCCUCUAUUUUCCGAGUUAGCGGCGCCUCACAGAGACACGAGUUUCAACUUUGUGCAAUAAAGUUUCAGAGGUGAAAAUUUUCAGCUCAUCCUUCAGCGUCUCGGACACGAAUUAAUAAAGUUCAUCCGUUCACUUCA